AUGAUGCGGCUGAGCAUGCACGGACGCAUAAUUGGCCUACCUUAGUCAUAGAAUUUCUUUUGCCUUGUCUAGUUUCUUGCCAAAUUGCUGCUUGAUGUCGAACUAUAACCGGAGCGGUGUAGAAAGUGAUUAGCGGUAACGGCAGAAGAAGAAGGAGAAGUAGGAGAAGAAGAAGAAGAAGAAAGAAAAAAAAAAGGAGCGAAGAGCGAAGCAUUAACUGAAAGGAGCCGGGCAUCAACUUGCGCCGGAUGUCAUUAAACGCUCUUAAAUAUCGACGACUAUAAUCAAGACCAAAGGCAGAGCCAUGGAGGCUGUAACACAUUUUGUGAAUGACACUGUAGAAUUUUACAAAUGGAGCCUUACUAUAGCAGACAAGAGGGUGGAGGACUGGCCGAUGAUGUCAUCUCCCUUCCCCACACUGGCCAUCAGCUGCCUGUACCUGCUCUUCCUGUGGGCGGGGCCUAGAUACAUGCAGGACCGCCAGCCCUACACACUGAGGAGGACUCUCAUAGUCUACAACUUCAGCAUGGUGGUCCUCAACUUCUACAUCGCCAAAGAGCUCGUAAUAGGCACUAGAGCAGCUGGGUACAGCUACCUCUGUCAGCCUGUCAACUACUCGAAUGAUGUCAAUGAAGUCAGGAUAGCAUCUGCUCUUUGGUGGUACUACAUCUCCAAAGGAGUGGAAUACUUGGAUACAGUCUUCUUCAUCCUGAGGAAGAAGUUCAACCAGGUCAGCUUCCUCCACGUCUACCAUCACUGCACCAUGUUCAUCCUCUGGUGGAUCGGAAUCAAGUGGGUCCCCGGUGGACAAGCAUUUUUUGGUGCAACCAUCAACUCCCUCAUCCACGUCAUCAUGUACGGUUACUAUGGCCUGGCAGCACUGGGACCUCAUAUGCAAAAGUACCUCUGGUGGAAGAAAUAUCUCACCAUUAUUCAGAUGAUCCAGUUCCACGUGACCAUCGGCCACGCCGGCCACUCCCUAUACACCGGCUGUCCAUUCCCCUUCUGGAUGCAGUGGGCUCUGAUUGGCUACGCCGUCACUUUCAUCAUCCUCUUCGCUAACUUCUACUACCACGCUUACCGAGGCAAACCUUCCUCCUCGCAGAAAGGAGGCAAGCCCGUUGCAAACGGCACUUCUAUGGUAACUAACGGUCAUAGCAAAGUGGAGGAAGUGGAGGAUAACGGAAAAAGGCAAAAGAAAGGAAGAGCGAAGAGGGAGUAGAGGAGGAAGAGGGGCUUGCUUGGUGAUAAACAGAAAGGAGACAGUUGAUUUAAGGUCCAGAGAAGGAGGGAGGGGAGGGGAGGAAUAAACAGAGUUCAAAACAGACGACCAUCCUUGCAAAUAAUGUAGACGGAUGUGAUUUGUGAGCAACUUAAGAAAGUGAAUGGGUAGCCAUGUGUAUUUGUGGGUGCGUCUGUAAUGGUUCCUGGUUUUGAGAAGAAGAGAGGGGUGUUGGUUUUCUCCAUGACAUUUUUUUUUAAAUCAAGAAAAGCAAACUGCUGAUCAUGUAGGCUCUGUGCUCUUCUGUCCAACUGUAUUUUGGACCGUAAUAGGACCAAAAUAUUUAAGGACCUACAACCUGCUCAGCAUCCACUAUCUUAUCAACCAAAGUUCACCUUCCAACUUUUGUACUCUGGAUUCCAGUAUUGUUUGAACUGAAAGCUUAAAUAGUCUUUAAUAUGCUGAUUUAUUUUCUAGCGCUCUAAAAGAAUUUUAAUGGUUUUACUCUUACCAGCAGAGAAACAUGCGGAGGUUUAUACCAAAGGUUUUUUUUCUCGGUUUCAGAGGAAAUUUAUGUUUACGAAUACUUAGAGUUGAACAAGGUUAGCAGAUAAGAUAUCACAUUACAAAAUUCUCACACCUGCCAUCAGCUGAAUAUAAAUACUUAUAACAAUAUAACAUUUCAUGGACUAUACAUUUCUUUGCUGUCUCAAACUGAUGUAACUGUGCUGCAUUUACAUAAUGACUUGUUAUUUUCGUGGUGUCCAUUGUGAAUUAAAAAUCUGGUUUAAGGGGGAGGGGCUGUAGCUUAUUUUAGAAUUUAUGCAAAUUUGUGGGUAUCUUUGUUAUAAUACAUAUUUUUUUGUGGGUCCUCAUGAUUUAUUUCUUUUUGCUGUGCGAUGUAGCUGAGGUGCAAGAAAAAGAGCUUGAAGUUCAGCUCAGUAUUAUCUCACUGCCAUGUAGGACUGAAGGGAAACUCAUCCUGAUCCUUUUUUUUUUUGUUUUGUUUUUUUAAUGAAAACAAAUGGUAAUUUCAUUGUCUUAUUAAAGUGAAAGCGAAUCAGCUUCUGG